AUGCGAUACGCCACGCGCUCGUGUGCCGCCGGUGGUUGCGCCUGGCGCAAUAUACGCAGCAAGGGCGUCCAUGUCAGCGCCGAGCACAACCUCCACACGGGCGAGCUGCUGCGCGGCUUGGUGAGACUCCCCAACGUGACCACGCUCACGCUAGAAUAUAAAAGCGUAGACUUUCUGAACGACGAGUUCCUGACGGCGCUGCCCUCCGCCUGCCCGCAGCUCUCCCGCCUGCGCCUGGACGAGCCGCGCUACACCGGGGUGCCGCACUUCCGCAUCACCCCCACGUGCCUCGGCCGCUUCUUCCUCCGCGCUUCGCGUCUCGAGCAGCUCACUCUCGACCAAAGCCUCGGCAACAUGACAAAGCUUCCCUCCUCGCUCGCGUCACUCUCGUCGCUUCGCGUGCUCACCCUCAGCGUGCCGCGACUUACCGUUCUUCCCGACGAGUUCAGCGCGCUGCACGCGCUGGAGGAGCUCCGCGUCAUCUGCCCCGAGCUGCGGAGCCUCCCCGCGUCCGUCACGCAGCUCACGCGGCUGUCCCGCCUCUGCCUAACAGACUGCCGCGUGAUGCACCGGCUGCCCGCGCAGCUCUGCGCGAUGAGCGUGCUGACGGCGCUGAAAAUACACGGGUGGUUCCGCUUGGAGGGCAUUCCGGAGAGCAUCGGCGCGCUCAAGGAGCUGCGCCGCCUGGUCCUGCGCAACAUCAGCUGCGCGCAGCCCGACGUGGGGGAGGAGUGGCGCAAGCUGGAGGAGUUGCGCCUGGAGAACGUCAGCCGGGGGUGGGGCCGUUUUCCGCCCAUCUCCCUCGAUUCCCUUGCGCUCCUCACCAUCCGCCACUGCCGCAGCCUCCGCGCGCUCCCCGACGACAUCGGCGCGGCGCCAGCGCUCCGCGAGGUCGAGAUCGUCGACACGCCGAUCGCCGAGCUGCCCACGUCGAUUGCGACGCUGACGUCACUGGAGCGGCUGGUGUUGGCGCCGUCCAAGUCGAUGAGAGGACUGCCGCCCACACUGCUGGCACUGCCGCGAGUGGCGCACGUGAUGGUGAAGAACGUGUCGGCCCUUGCUUCGCUGAUCAGGGGCGGCGCGCGCGAGGAGGCGGAUGGACGUCGCCAGCCAGUCGUGCGCCUCGCGCUGGUGCAGUCUUUCUCCCUCGAAUGCUGCUACUUCUUCACCCAUUUAUCCCCCGCCCUCCCCGCGCUCGCGCCCUCGUUGCGCGCGCUCACGCUCGCCGACCUCCCCGCGCUCUACUCCUUGCCCGCCGAAGUCUUCCGCCUCACCGCGCUCACCUCCCUCUCGCUCCUCCUCCUGCGGCACGUCAACUGCCUCCCCCCCGCGCUCUCCGCGCUCUCCGCCCUCCGCGCGCUCAGAAUCACCUCCGCGUCUGAGCUCGCGGCGCUUCUCGAAUCGCUGGGCCAGCUGGCGGCGCUCGAGUCGCUCGAGCUCGACGACUGCCCCGCGCUGCGGAGCCUGCCCGCGUCGCUGGGCCAACAGGCGGCGCUCGGCGCUGCGGAGUCUGCUGCCGUACCCGCCGCCACGAGCGGGCUCAGCGAGCUGACGCACCUCAGCAUCACCAGGUCCGGUGCGCUCACCGCGCUGCCGGACUCCGUUGGCCAGCUGGGCCGCUUAAAAACGCUGACUAUAGCGAGCGCCACGUCAGCCGCGUUCCUCCCGUCAAACACUCUCAGCGGGCUGACCCGCCUGGAAGCGCUACGCAUCUCCGACUGCCCCCUCCUCGCCGCGCUCCCCGCGUCCCUCUGCACCCUUCCCCGCCUCCACACGCUCUCCCUCGCCAAAUGCCCCGCCCUCCGCACCCUCCCCGACGCCAUAGGCCAGCUGCCCGCCCUCAAGCGCCUCUCCCUGAAAGACCGCUCCGCGCUCGCCCGCCUCCCCGCGUCCCUCCCGCGCCUCCCUGCGCUCGAGUCGCUCGACAUUGCUAGCUGCGCGCUGCACCUCCCUGACGACUUCCGCCCGCUGCCUCGCCUCGCGCGCCUCUCCGUCCGCAACUGCCGCGCCUUCUCCCGCCUCCCCGCCUCGCUCUCCCGCCUGCCCGCCCUCCGCGUGCUCAAGCUCUCGUCCUGCUCGUCUCUCUCCGUGCUCCCCCCCGACCUCGCAGCCCUCCCCGCGCUGCACUCGCUGCUGCUGGACGGGUGCUCCGCGCUGGCGGAGCUGCCCGCAGGGCUGGCGCGCGCGCGGGGGCUGCGCCACGUGGACGUGCGCGGGUGCGGGGCGGUGUGGGAGGACGCGGAGGUGGGCGUGUGCGGGCGGCGAGUCCACGUGGAGCGGGGUCGACGCGAAGGGGACUUGAAUGUGACGUGGACGAUGGCCAGAGACAGUCAAGUGCAGCGCGCGAGGAGGGGGGGCGAGGAGGGAGAGGGCGGGGAGACAGAGGGAGGUGAGGCCGUGGAGGGAGGUCAAGGGGGGGCAGAAAGGGUAGGUGCGGCGAGAGGCGGGUUGGAGGGAGCAGUGGCAGCCUCACGAAGGGAUCGAGAGGGGGUGAGGGAGGAGGAAGGGGAAGGUGUGGAGGAGGUGUUGUGGGGGAGGACGAUAAGGUUAGGGAAGAGGUCGGGGGAGAGGCUUGGGGAGAGGCUGGGGAGAGGCUGGGGAGAGGCUGGGGGAGAGGUGAAGUGGUGA